AUGGUGACCACCCCGUCGCAACUGGUUUCGCUGCUUCUGGCGACGAUCGCUAUCGGCCGGCUUACACGAGCCACCGGUGUUAACGAAUUUGUGCAAUUGUCGGACUACAUCAAGCUGCCGAAGCUGUUCGUUUACGACGAUUUCGGCGACUGCAAAGACGCAAACCCGGCCGGCUUCGUGUACUGCGUGGUGCAUGCACGAAUUUUGCCCAACAGCUCGUCGGACCUGUGGGCAAACAUCAGUCGCAUUUCUGAUGACUUCCAGCAUUACGACCAUGCCCGACUGGAACGAGGGGUUUGCAUCGAUAGUUGCCGAGCAACACUCCGGACUGCGGGUGCGGAUCCGGAUCCGGAUCGUUCCUAUGCCAGUUUGGCACAAUCCUGCAUUGAAUCGCAAGUGUACCAGCAGUAUGGCUUGCAGAUCGCACCAGACGUUAACGUCUACCAUUGUUACACAGAUAGUAACAUGAAUCCCCCGUUAGAAAUCAUGGAAGCAUUAUUCUGCCUUUUUCUACUGCUACUGGCGGCUCUCGCAGUCUGGUCAACGAUCUACGAUAUGCGGGAAUCCAAACGGCAAGGCCAUCCUGCCAGGUAUUUUCUUCAGCAACUGGAAAGCAAGCGCGAUCGACUGUGGGUUGCAUUUUCCAUCCCUCGAAACAUCUAUCGGCUGAAGGAUCCCGUAGGGGGGAGCAUCCGGCAAGAUUUGCAGUUUCUCGAAGCUUUUCGUUUUAUUCAAAUGAUUCGAGUCAUCAUGCUGCACGUCAUACUGGCACACGUCAAGCUGCCCCAGACGAAUACCUUCUUCAUUGAGGGCAUCCAGCAUCGGCCGGCAACCAUUGUCUACAUAGCCGAGUUUCAAAACUACGUCCAAACCUUUCUGUCCAUAUCGGGCAUGCUGAUGACGAUCAACUUUCUCGAGCACAUACGAAAAAAUCCCGACUUUGACCUUUCACUCGGUUGGCGAAAGAUACGGGCUAGACUGUGCCGGAUCGUGCCGGCCUAUGGAUUCGUGAUUUUCCUGGAGUGUGCGGUCAUGAAACGACUGAUCGAUGGUCCGAUAGGUCAGCACUUUAUCGGGGAAUCCCAGGAGAACUGUCGGCGCUGGUGGUGGGCGAAUUUACUAUUCAUUAACAACUACAUUCAAACGGAUGAACCGUGCAUGAUCCAAUCAUGGUAUCUGGCUGCCGAUAUGCAACUUUUUAUCUAUGGUUUGACGGUGAUGAUGCUUAUUUGGCGAUGGCCCCAGCUAAAGGAGUACAUAUUCAGUGGCGCCCUCCUGUGUGCCGUGGUGUUACCCACUGUGGCGUCUUACGUGUUCAAAGUAACGCCAGUAAUGACGUCGCAUCUCAAAAACGCACAACACUACAGCCGACAGCACGACUAUCAGUAUGACAUUUACUUUCCAUUUCAUCAAAACAUAGGCGUCUACUCUUUCGGAAUGUUGGCUGGGUUUGUAUACUACCACUAUCGAGAUUCCAGAAAGGCACUGUUAAACUCCAGGAUAUAUAAGGGGAUGUUCCAAGCAGCUGUGAUUUUUAACAUUUUAAGCUUGUCAUCCGUGUACUGGGUGAUGGUAUAUCGGAACGAAAUUGCACCUAUUUUGCAGGCGAUUUACUCCACAUUUUUCAAACAAUCGUGGGCCAUUCUGACGACAUUGAUUCAGCUUGCGUUGGCGCUGUUCUCGGUUAACUCACCGAUCAAGAGAUUCUUCAGCCAUCCAUUCUUCGGCGUAAACGGAAAGCUGUCCUACAGUUUCUUUCUGAUCCACUUCACUAUCAUCGAACUGGUGUACGGUGGCGUCAUGGGACCUAUCUAUUCCAACGAACGGGUGGUGGUGACCUACUUGUCGCAGGUUUUCAUGUGGACGAUUCUGAUCGGUGCCGGAAUUACGGUGCUGGUCGAGCUGCCCGCUGCAGCAGCACUGAAUGUGCUCCUGGAGCAGAGGAAAAUAAAGACCGCCAAGGUGCAACAGAUACAGGUUCCUCCUGUAGCGGCGGGCCCACCGAAGCCAUCGGAUUAG